AUAGCUUACGGUGCUGUUGCAGCCCUAGAAAAUUCUCCAAGAAUUUGGUUAAAAAUUCUAAGAAAGUGAAAAUGGAGAAAUUUCUUGAGGAUGACAUCGUUAAUGAUAUGCACAUUCAUAAGCCAAAUGAACUUUUGCAGGUUUCUUAUGGCAGUGUUGAAGUUGAGCCUGGAGAUGUGUUGACCCCGACACAGGUUUGUUAACUUUCAAGAAAAUAUGUCUACUAUAUGAUACAAGUGUCUGUUAGUACGCAAGAUAUAAAAUAUAUUAAUGGCUAAAUAUUAUUUUUAAUAUUGAAUAAAUUAUAUAAAUGUUUGUUAGUCAAGAAUUUUUUUGAUUGAAUUAUUUAUUGUUGUAUUUUGUCUGUUGUCAUUGUAAUUACAUCAAGCCAAGAUGUUAGCAAGUAAUUUUUGCUCUAGCCAUUUUUAUACCUGAAAUCUAUUUAUAAAAACAAAUUUAUUAGCAGUUUUUAAUUUGCAUUAUUUUCCCAUUUUAUUAGGUGAAGCAUGUCCCUAAAGUGAAAUGGAAUGCUGAUGCAAAUGCUUACUACACUCUCAUCAUGAAUGAUCUUGAUGCUCCGAGUCGAGAGAACCCAAAAUUCAGAGAGUGGCAUCAUUGGCUAGUUGUGAACAUUCCUGGACACCAUGUGGAGAAGGGCGAGGUUCUUUCUGAAUAUGUUGGCUCUGGGCCUCCCAAAGGAACUGGACUACACAGAUAUGUCUUCUUGGUCUUCAAGCAGAAUGGCAAGGUGAAGUUCCACGAGAAGCACCUGACAAACAGAUCAGGGGAUCACAGGGCCUCCCAUCACGUCCGCAAGUUCAGUGACAAAUAUUCACUAGGGCAGCCCGUUGCUGGGAAUUAUUAUAAGGCUGAGUGGGAUGACUAUGUGCCAAAGUUGUACGAGCAACUCAGUGGAAAAUAACUGGAUAUGGAAUCAUUUUUAUUAAUUUUUUGGUUAAGAAUUAAAUUGUUGCUUUUUAACUUCGCUUAUGUGUUCGCGACAGCUAAUCAAUCUUCGUUGGUGUUCGCGACAGCUAAUCAAUCUUCGUUGAUGCUCGCGACAGCUAAUGACUAUAUUAACAAUAUAUUCAAAUAAUUUAGAAAUUUUAAUUAAUUUUUUGGUUAAGAAUUAAAUUGUUGCUUUUUAACUGCGCUUAUUUGUUCGCGGCAACUAAUGACUAUAUUAAUAAUAUGUUUAGAUAUAGAAAGAAAAAAGAAAAGGGAGA